CUCUGUCCGGCUCCAUUCACUUCUCCCUCCCACAAUCCUUCUAUUCUCGCGCGUGGGACAAUCCCUCAAUACCAUGAAAGCUGUUGGCCCCUUUUAGGCGGGCUGCAACCUCCUCCCCGCAUCUCAUUCAUUCAUUCCUUCCCUCAUCCUCCCGUCGGCCAAGUGUUAUCAUCAAAAUCCAACAAUUCACACCUUCAACCCCAACACUCCCUAUUCAUGGAUUCCUGGAUCUCUUGGGCUGGCCUAUUCUGGGUCGCAGCCUUUGCUAUGGUGGCUGGCAUAUCCACAAUCAUUAUCGCCAUGCACGCCCUCGCCAAGUCCCAGAAUAGCCAGGUCCCCAAAUGGCGCCCGAAGAAUAGCCCCAUCCAUCUGCUCGUGGUUCUAGGAAGUGGCGGACACACGGCGGAGAUGUUCUCCAUGCUCCGGCGCAUGAAACUGGACCCCUCCAAGUAUACGUAUCGGACCUACCUCGUGAGCUCAGGGGACAACUUCAGCGCCGCGAAGGCAGUCGAGUUCGAAACCGCAUAUAUCAACAAGGUUGCCAAAGCCUCUGCUGCUGCUGCUGCUGCUGAUGCUGAAAAGAAAGACGAACAGCGGUCGACGGGCGCAUACACAAUCGUCACGGUUCCCCGCGCGCGUCGCGUGCAUCAAUCCUUCCUGACCGCUCCAUUUUCUACGAUCCAAUCCUUCUGGUCUUGUCUUCUGGUGCUACGAGGCCUCCACCCGGAUCAGCGACCCCUCACCGCACCCAUCCGUUCGCCGUAUCCCGACAUCAUCCUCACCAAUGGCCCUGCCACGGCGGUCUGUGUGAUUCUGGCUGCUCGGCUUCUUCGACUGUGCCACGCCUUCUGCGCGGUCCUUACAUUCAGGCGCCGUGCUGGGACGCAGACAGGGUCGGAAACCAAUGCACCUGACUUCCAGCUUCGCACGAUCUUCGUCGAGUCGUGGGCUCGGGUGACCACGUUGAGUCUCUCAGGGAAGCUCCUGUUGCCUUUUGCGGACCGGUUCCUCGUUCAGUGGCCGGCAUUAGAGGGGAAGAAAGCCUGGCCCGGCAUGAGAGAGACGGAAUACGCCGGUACGCUCGUGGAUUGAGGGUGCUAGAUUCUCGGUUCCUGUGUUAUUGUGUUUUCAUCUUCCGACUUCCGAUGUUUCUGUAUCUGUAGAUAAUGCAGACGUGAUGAUACCCCUGCAAGUACUCCAGCAAUAAUCAAGCCUCUUCAAAUGCAGGCAAACUCAAAG